AUGGACUGUCACCAGAUCGACUCAACAUCUAAUGUAAUUAACGAUCAACCUGACUUGAUUGCGACGAAUUCCAACGAUGAAUCUCUUGAUAGUCAACAGAAUAGUAUAGUUAUCUGUCCAGACGACGAUGAUCUAUUUUCUGAUUCAGAUGAUAAAUUAGAUGAGAACGAGCCAUUGUAUCCAAAUGCCGUUAUUAUCCUUGCCGAAGCAUAUAUGAUUAUUAGAGGCUAUAUUUCAGAAAUUAAAUUGACAUUCAUGCAGCAAAAACGGCUACUUUCGUUACUCUUAUCAUUAUUACCGGUUGACAGCUCAUUAAAUCGUAAUCAUCUAUUAAAAUGGCUGAAUAUAAAACAUUUAUUUUCUUAUUUCACUUUAUGUAAUCAUUGUACUCAACAAUUAGACACCGAAACAGGUGCGUGUUUAUCAAAGUCUCCUUUAAACGGUAAUUUGAGAACCAAUGAUUAA